GUCAGUUGCGCUUGGCUUGGUAGGCUUUAUAUUAUUUUAGUAAAAAAUAUUAAAACAUAAACUGAUUUCAAACUAAAAUAAAAGUGAUAAAGUAAGUAGUAAAGAAGUCUGUGUCACAUUUUUAAUGAGAAAUAGUAAAAUAAAACAUUUAAAUUACACCAAAAAACGUAAACGGACAACUUGUGAUUUCCAAACGCGUGCAUUCUGAAAAAAAAAUUUUUUUUUUAAUGGCGGGUUUAGAAGGCUUGAGUGAUCACGAUAAAGCCGUGUUGAGGAGUAUCUUCGAUCCCACGGCUACCAUUGCUGAUGUUGAUGUGAAUGAAGACACAUUUGAGGAGGAAGACGAUGAAGCAACAACCGACGCUGAUAAGCAGUCUGUGCAGCUCUGCGCCCAAGGCGUCCGAUUGGCCAAUGAGGGUAAACUGGACGAAGCUUUAGAAGUGCUCAACAAAGGCGUCGAGUUGGCCCCGGGCCGCGCGUCAGCUUACAAUGACAGGGCGCAGCUGUUGCGGCUCAUGAAGAAAGAUGAUGAAGCCAUGGCGGACUUAGACCGAGCACUGCAGUUAACAGCAGGACGAAAGACAAAAGCACGCGCACUUGCUCUUUGUCAACGAGGCGUACUCCUCAGAAAGCGGGGUGACGACGCACGCCAAGUGUUUCUUGAGGCGGCCAAGCUUGGCAGUGGAUUCGCCAAGAAACAGGUGGUUGAGCUGAAUCCGUACGCUGCGCUGUGCAACCAGAUGUUGAGCGAAGUGAUGAGAGGAGGAGAGGUGAAGUUAGCCGGCAUCCCGGACCCAGACCAGUAAAGUCGCCGUCAAUAGAACUUGUGAACAAUGUAAACAAACCUUGUAGUCAAAAUGUCUUUAAUUUCCAUUCUAACUCAUCAGAUACUGAAUCCAUGUGUAAUUUAAUCAAUUCAUAUCACAGAUUAUGAUCCUCAACCUUCAAAAUAAUGAAAUUGUGCUAAAAUAUUGAUAUUUUAUAUAAUGGUUUAUUUACAUUGUUGACAAUUUCUAUUUUGACAGCGAUUUUAAGGACUGUGCAACGGAGUAUUUGGUAGGAUUUUUAGAACGAUUUCACUGGUUUGAUGAAAUUCUAUAAGGGCUGGUGGAAUCUAGGCGAACUUGCUGUCUGACUCAAAUUUUUCCAAAUUCCAAAAACAUCUUUUUCGGAUGUGUUUCAAUAGUCAAUAAAGUCCGACUAAGCUAACUCAGUAUCGAUAUUUUAAUAGAAACGUGACAUAAUGGCGAAACAUUCUGUUCAAAUUAAUUCUAGUAGAGUUAGUUUGGUCCGACUUAAUCAUUUAUGUUGCUUAAUUGUUUAUCAUCAUCAUAAGCGGGGCUCGAAUAAAUCAUACGGAUGACGUAAAAAUUACUCAGUUUUUAAGGCCCACUUGCACCAACCAGUUAAGUAACUCAGGGUUAGUAAUAACAUAUAUUAUUCUAUAUGUUGCUCUAAAUAUAAGACGGUUACAGUGUUGCAAGACUUGCAAGUCCCUACAUAAUUUUAGGUAGGCCUUGUUAUAAUAUGGGCCUUAUUAUCUCCAAGUAUAGUUCGUGAAAUAUAAUUUGAACGUUUACUAUAUGUAUAGUAAACGUUCAAAUUAUAUUUCCCGAACUAAACCUACGUUAUUUUAUUUACUAGAUCACCUGUGUGCAAAAUAUCGUCAUCCGCAUGAAAUGUUAGUUAUGUUGCUAGUUCAUAGUAGAGAGGAAAUAAAACUCACAAAUCUAAUGGAUUAGAAAUUUAUAUUGUUGAAUACAAUCGACAUCCACUUUCAAGAAAAUUCCAUACAACCACUCAAACGGAGGUGUUUGCCCCCGAGCGAACCAGUCCGACCCAAUAUCAUCGAAAAUGACAAUUUUACAUUUUGAAAAUGACAAAUGUUACUACAAAUCGAAAUAUCGUUAACUACACUAAAUAUUACUUAGAAUAUGCAAUAAAAUCUCAUAAAUAUACUAAAUGAAGAUCAUGUGCAGAAAUUUAUUGUAUAAAGAAGAUAUUUUUGUUAGUAAAAUUUCCACACACAACCAUAGAAAUUUGUAAAAUUUAAAUACGCUUUGUUUCUAUCCGAAAGCGUCAACCAUAGAUAACACAAAUUGAAAGUGCACUUUAAACAUUUAUGUUAUAAAAGCUACGUGGAAGAGUUUUAAUUUUAAUUUUUGUCUUUGGUAUUUGACUGCGUUAGGCGAUGUAUGAAUUGUUUUGGCACAUUUUAUAGAUGUGGUAAAUAGGUAAACGCAUUGAGAUAAAACUGAAAUACAUUUUCAGUUAUUACAAUCAAGUGGUUUUUUUUAAUUCCGGCUCAAGCUGACAUACAGAUUAGUUGUUAAAUAAAGAAUUUAACCGUCA